AUGUCGCCUCGCUCAGCAAUGGACGCCACGCGCUUCACGGCUACCGGGCCGUACGCGCACUCCAAGUCCACCAAGGUCCCGCUCAACUCUUCGUCCGCGCCAAAGAACGAGACCCCACAGCAGAAAAUUGCCAGAUUAAGAGCGGCAGCGCAAAAGGCCAAGGGCUCGCAGGUGUCGACAUUCGACAAGAUCGUGGCGGGAGGGAGAGUGUGGGCGGACAGAGCUCACCGGGUGACGGCGCUGAGCUUGAUUGCCAUCACUGGCAUCGCCGGAGUGGUUACCGUGUUCGCCCUCGGGGACAUGAUUGUUUACAACAGGCGGAAGCGCAGGGAAUGGUUCCACGAGCAAAAUCAGAAGCAUGCAAUCUCCAUGGCCGAAGCGAAGCAAGCGGUGGCAGCCGGUACCGCAACCGAGGAUCAGAUUCUGCUGCUCAACAACGAGCGCAACAAGGAAGAGCACGAGAAGAACAAGAAGGGCUUUUUCAAGCGCACAAAAGAGAGCAUUUUCGGUGGUUUCUCCAAGGAGGAGGAGCAGGGCGGCCAGCUCGGCGCCAUCGCGGCAGAGGCGCGCGAUGCUUUCAUCAGCGACGCACAAACGACGAAGGAUCAAGGCUCGGGAGUGCUGCGGGCGGUGGAAGAGAAGAGGAGGGAGGGCGAGAAAGCACAAGCACCAAGCCCCGGGCCGUUAGACCGCAUGGCAGAGGAUGCCGCGGAGGCGGCAACACAGAAGUCAAAGAGCUGGACAAGCUGGGUCACGGGCCGGUGA